AAGCAUUACGAAGUAUUUAUCCAGCGUGCUUGGCGCGGUGAGGAUAAUUACUUUGCUGCAAAAUCCCGAGUUUUGGGAGCGAUCGAGAGUCUGAUGUUGAUAUCCGACUGGCAUCCCCGCUCGUUUCAAUUUCCGCAUAAUAAUGUGGAUUGGGGCAGAAUGACAAUGCAAGAAUGUGAUCGCCGUAAAGUCAAACAGAGAAAUCGUGAUCCUACAUCGAUACGGUGGCAAGAGGAUGUCUUUGACCCAAUGGCGCAGUCGACACGAAAGUCCUGGAGGCUGCUAGGCGUUGCUCUCAAUCUUGCUAAUGAGGCCCACAUCUUCUCCGAUGAGCCCCUUGUAUGUCUUGGCUUUGAUACUCGACAUGCUACCCGGUUUCACCGCACAAGAAAACUUCUUUAUAUUUACGUCGCCCAGGUGGCUAGUCGGCUAGGUUGUUCAAAUCUCCUCCCAGAAAACUUGAAUUUCAAUUCAACCUCUAGGCCACAGGACGACGAACCAAUGUGGCGAUGGCGGGACACUUGGAUAACCCUAUGGUUGGACUUGACGAAACUAGUGAAUUCGGCAUUUGUCUGUUUCUCUCCAUCAGGACCUGCUUUGAAACAGAUAUUCGCAGGUGACUACGACUUGCUCCAUCUUGACUGGUUCCCCUCUCUCGCUCAUUGGAACGUGGAAUUCAAGUCUCAGAUUCCAGGAAUGCCCAUUGACCUAGGCUACUUGCUUUCCAUUGAAUUCCACCAUCUCGAGGCAUGCAUAAGUGCUUUGGCCAUUCAAGCAGUUGUUGAACGAGCGACAACCCACAGCAACGGCCAAUCCGAAACACCCGACACACAUGGUCAAAGACCUUCUAUGCUUCCAGAUGACAGAGAACUCAUCGAUAUGACGGUUUCCGCCUGCUGUGAGGUCCUCAAUCUUGCCACUAUUAUGCAAGUAGGAGGAAGAUUGAGAUACACACCCCUUCGAACCCGUCUUAGCAUCAUUUCAGCAUCCAUUGUCCUCUUGAAGGCGAUCAGUCUUGGGGGCCACUUGCAUGAAGUCAAAGUCUCGCUGGGAACCUUGGAUCAGUGCAUUGCUGGGUUGCGAUCGUGCGGCGUUGAUGACUUGGAUUACUUGCCUCGGUAUGCCGAGCUCGUUGACAAACACCUGCCACGAUUCCGAGAACAGUUUACUUUGCUGCAAGGUCAGCCUGGUCAGGACCUUGUCGGCAAAGAGCCUUCUCGAGAUGAUUGGGUUGUGCGGCCUUUUGACCCCAGGAUUGGACCGUGCUCGUCGGAUAGAAAGGCAAUCCCGUUAGGAAUUAGCUCAACUUCUCUGGACUUUUUGCUGGAACUGCUGGAUUCGAGUGGGUAAUGAUGGUGCAUUACCUGCAACUAUGAACGACCUAAUGGCCAUGUGAUAUCUAUGUUGUUUAUUACUUCUAGCCAUGUAUCAUGAAUAUUCGCCUGGAUAGCGCAUGCAGUGCUACCAUACUCCAAUGGGAUGGGGUACAUUCAGUUUCACGUCAAUGGAUCAUGUAGUGUGUUCGUCAACUAACGUACGAACCAUGGCCGUGCGACCCGUCAUUCGCCAGGCACACCAACACCUUUUCUUUCGAUCUGCCAUGACACAAUGCACUCUUGCUGUGGGAGUUGAUUUGCCCCACGAGACUCCACCGGCAUCCCCCCAUCACAUGACCCUUCCCCAGACCCCCUGUAUACCUUUCAUGGAAUGGUAGAACCGGCAUGCUAGCAACUGCGUCACUCUCUGCCCCCUUUCGAUCGACGGGCAAGUCCAUGUGACUACCUAAAAUUCUUUAUAGUUCAGCCAGGGAUAGCUAAUGUGCUUCGAGAAGGCAUCCCCUGCUUGACGCAGUCAAUCAAGUCGUGUUUUGCGGCUUUCCAAAGCACCAAAGCCCGGUUAAACGCGGAGAGCCCUUGGCCAGUGCAACACCGGGCCGAGUCCAACCCCCACUUGCCCCGGACUCCGACAAACCAGAAUAUAAGGAUUGAGUAACAUAAUCUCACUUCCUUGCCCUUUCAAAGUCUCAAUUCCUGGAGAAGCGGGUCCGCCAGGUUUUUCUAACUUUUCCAGAGGUCACCAGGGACCCUGCAGAAAAAAACAUUGAAAACCAUUGAAAAUGCCAGAUCAGCGCCGGAUUCUAUGUUCCACAAUAAUUCCACCGAUGCAAUGACACUGUCAACGCUUAAUAACCACAUGGACACUCGUAAGAGAUCACCAAGCAAUUCCCCUACCCCCGAUACAGUCUUUCUAGAAGCAUGCGACAUCUACUUCCAACACUGCCACAAUAAACCCUACGGCUUUUUCAACGCCGAUCUCUUUCAACAAAAGGCAGCAAAUAAUCACAUACCCUUACACCUUCGACUCGCAUUAAUCGCAACCGCCACUCGCUAUUCCUCCUGUUCGCAAUGGAGAGAAAGAAAACAGAGCACGAUCGAUGGUUACGCCCGAUGCUCUUGGGAGGUCAUCGUGAUGUCGCAGAACGGACUAGAUGAUACCGACGACGUGACGGUGAUUCAAGCGCUUGCCCUACUUGCCGUGAUCGAUGCCACCGCUGGCCGGCGGCGCGGUGCUUGGGUGAAAAUCGGUAUGGCGGUGCGAAUCAGCCAAGAUCUACAAUUGAUGCUUGAACCAAGCACAAAUUUCACCGGCUUGGAGCGUGAUGAACGAAGGAAUCUCUUCUGGUCAUUAUACCUCCUUGAUCGCUUCGUGUGCUGUUCCUUUCAGCGACCGCCCGCUAUCAAGGACUCGGAUUGUCUCCUUACGUUACCCACGUAUCGGGUAUCGGGGAAAGGAGAGUUAAAAUUGACAUUGAAGAGUCUAUUAGACGAGAAAAACCGAGAUACCUCGCUUCGUCCAGGGAUGUUCGGUAUCAGCAUUGCAUUGGUGUCCGUACUCGGGCGGACGAUCAAAUGCAUGAUGAACACGGAGAACGAUCAAGAGAAGGCCUGGCAGGAAGAUUCAGAGUACCGACGAAUUCACAGCGACUUGGAGUUUUUGAAAGAACUAGCCGUGAACAACAGCCCCGUUCUUGCUGCGCCGGGCCAAGCUCGUCCUCAAGAUGAGAUGCAGGACCGCGAUCGCGAGCGGAUUGCGCACAUGGUGCUUUCCCAUACAUUAUACCAUCUUUGCCACUGCAUUCUCAGCCAUCCAUAUCUUCUGAGUUUGAAGAUUCAGUCUCACUCAUCAUCCGAUAUGCCACCUUCCUGGUUGGAGGACACUCGCGCAUCGUGUCUGGUACAUGCUGGUUCUCUGAUCACCGUUCUCGUCGAAGCCAAGGCGGCGGGAUACAUGCCCGUUCCCUCGGUGUACAGCUACUGCAUUCUCGUGGCGAGCACCAUUCAUGCUCUUUAUCUACACAGCGACGAUGUAGUCGUCAGCCACAGUUCGGCGGAUUAUCUCAGAACCUCUCUCGAGUACCUGAGCGAAAUCUCCGAACUAUGGACCAACGCACAAAUGAUGGCCAACGCCCUCAAAUCCUUCGCCCUCCAAUGCACCCGCUACAGCGCCCUCCUCCUCCGCUCCCCGCCCCUCCUCGACGAACUCACCACCACCGAAUCAGCCGUCCUCCGCUCCGUAAUCGACUACUGGGCCAUGAUGGACCCACACAACCCCGUCUUCGAGAUAGCGCAAAAGGGAGCCGACGGGCUUCUCGAUCUGUCUGAUAUCGGGCCCGGUUAUUUGACGCCACCUACGCCGUGUGCAGCGGAGGGGAUCACGUUGGGGUUGGAGAUGUCUCAGUGCGCUGUUGGGCCGGGUCACCAGAAACAUGGUGAUUCGGUGGAUCCUGAUAUAUUGAUCCAGUGGCCAGUGUCGAUCAUGUCACCGAUGGCUUCGGAGGAUGGAAGAUCGCCGCGGUGGGAUUGGGAUUCGGAGCUUAAUGCUAUGAAUGAUUAGGGUUGGA